UAUUUUCGUUAUUCUAUACAAUUCUCGUUAUUCUAUACGAUUCCACUGCCCCUCCUCUACCCCUUUAAAAAUCUCCCUGCUUCACGUUUCUCAUCCCAAUCCCAUUUGUCUCGUUGUUGUUAAGCUUCAUUCUCCUCUCUCUUCCUCUCUAGACAGGAAAAAUGGGGCUGACGUUCACAAAGCUGUUCAGCCGGCUUUUUGCCAAGAGAGAAAUGCGUAUUCUUAUGGUUGGUCUUGAUGCUGCUGGUAAGACCACCAUCUUGUACAAGCUCAAGCUGGGAGAGAUUGUGACCACAAUUCCUACUAUUGGGUUUAAUGUGGAGACUGUUGAAUAUAAGAACAUUAGCUUCACAGUGUGGGAUGUUGGUGGUCAGGACAAGAUUCGUCCCUUGUGGAGGCACUAUUUCCAGAAUACUCAGGGCCUGAUAUUCGUGGUGGAUAGCAAUGAUAGAGAUCGUAUCGGUGAGGCAAAAGAUGAAUUGCAUAGGAUGUUGAAUGAGGAUGAGCUGCGAGAUGCUGUCUUGCUUGUAUUUGCUAACAAACAGGAUCUUCCAAAUGCAAUGAAUGCUGCUGAGAUUACUGAUAAACUCGGCCUCCACUCGCUCAGGCAGCGUCACUGGUACAUUCAAAGCACCUGUGCAACCUCUGGUGAGGGUCUUUAUGAAGGUCUGGAAUGGCUCUCCAACAACAUUGCUAACAAGGCAUGAAGCCAUUAAAGAUCUUUUGCGGACUGGCAAUUCUGGAUGCAGGGGUGAAUAUUAUCUAUUUUUUUUUAUAGUUUCUUUUUGCUUGAGACAGUUGGGUUGUUUUGUUUUUUUUGUUUUUUGUUUUUAGGACCUUAUGACUAUACUGUAAUAGAAGAAUGGUUGGUUAAAUACUUGUACUUUUGAGCCUUCAGCUGGGUUUAGAUGUGGUGCUUCUAUCUGUAAUUGAAACUAAUUUGGUGCAACAUCCCCAUAUAAUUUUGUUUUCUUUCAA